CGCUUGACCCCCAAGAAGAACAAACUCUUCUUCUUUGCUUCUCUCUAAAUAUCUCUGAUAGUCAUUUCAUCACUGCAAAUCUUCUUCUUCUCAUCCCAUCAAUCCAGUUUUCAUACUUUAUUAAGAAGAAGACAUGGAAGAUCACUCUGUAACAUCUCAAGAAGACGUGGAAGAUCACUCUAUAACAUCUCAAGAAGACCUGGAAGAUCACUCUAUAAUAUCUCAAGAAGGCAUGGAAGAUUACUCUGUGUUUUCUCAAGAAGACGAGAUCAUAAUCACGUACUAUCUGAAGAUGAUGAUUAACAACCGCAAAUCCUGGCCUAGCCACUUCCUCCGAGACGAAGAGGCAAACGUGUACAACCUGAAUCCAUGGAGUCUCUUCAAUACUCACAACCCUAACCACUUCUUGUUUGUCAAACGCCGAACAGAGGCUUGUGGUAAGACCGAUGGAAGUGACUCUGGUUGCUGGAGGAUCAUGGCCCGUGAUAAACUUAUCAAGACCGAAGAGACCGGGAGGAUUCUAGGGUUCAAGAAGAUUCUCAAGUUCUGUGAAAAGGAUAAGAAACGAUCUGAACAAGAAGAGGAAGAGAGAGUUUGGGUGAUGGAAGAGUACAAGCUCGUCGAUAAAUGGAAGCAUGACCAAGUGAUUUGCAAAAUUAGGCUUUUGCUACAAGCUGAGGUUAGUUCCUUGCUCGCCAAGCAUCUCUCGUUUCUGCCUAAAUGGAUUAUACCCUUUUCUCGUGAGAACUUCAUGCCGAGGAGGGAUCUCUGCGCACCGAAUAUACCAACGGAUGAGAUCGUCUCGUAUUAUCUGAAGAUGUGUGUGGAUAAGGGAAACGACUGGCCUAGCCAUUUUCUCCAAAGCGAACAAGUGUACGGUGUAGCGCCGUGGAUGAUUGUGGAUGCUGAUCAGAGCUCUGCCGAGCUGCAAGAGGGGCUUUACUUCUUCGUUAACCGCACAGAGAAAUCUGGUAGAACAGACGGAUGCGAUGUGGGCUGCUGGAGGAUCAUGAGGAGUGACAGAGUGAUCAUUUCGAAAAGAAACAAGGUUCUUGGUUUCAAGAGGGUGUUCAAGUUCUGUGUGAAGGAGAAAGCAGAACCGGUUUACAAAUUUUGGGGAGAUGAGAAGAAGUAUAAAGUGAAUGAGUGUAAGGUGACAUGGGUAAUGGAUGAGUAUAGGCUGGCUAAGAAGAAGGAUCAAGAAGGUAAAGUGAUUUGCAGGAUUAGCCUUCUCUUCCCAUUACCACUAGAGCUUCAUGUUCGAUAUUUCUAGGUGGAACUUUACUCUCGAAAUUUGAAGAUUCCAACUGUAUUUCUCAUCUAGAUUUCUU